UAAAAUUACACGAGAUGGACUGUUGCGCGGGUUUCGAACGCCAUUUGGUCAAGUGAAUGGGGGGAAUGACUCGUCCAGACGCGACUUCGCUGCUCGCCUCGCAGACGUCAAGCAGAAAAGGCGCGCAUACCAAGCGCGCCAUUAUUUAUUUGUAGAGGCCCAGGAUAAGAAGCAAGCGUGACUGGCUGAAACUCCGCGGGGUAUCGCCCAUACUUAUUCGCACCGCAAUGCAUCGUAUCAUCUGGAGCUCUUGAUUAGUGGAAGCCUGCGCCCUGAGACGGCACAGUCACUUCUUCCAAGCGUUCCAAGUUCCAACUUGCACGCUUCCAUUCUCUUCGUGCGCCAGGCCAAGACUGCACGUGUUGUUAGCGCGAGCUAGCUUGACGUGCAAGAAUGGAGCCACACAGCCUGGUGCUGACGAGCGCGUCCACGCUGGAGACGUCGCACCACCAUAGCAUCGUCCAUACUCGCAGAAUCGCGCAGCCGAUGCCGUUGCUGCCACCCCAGGCGCGCCGGCCGCUGCAGAGCCUAGCCCAGCACCUCGCACGCAGCCUCCGCCAGCUCGGCCAGAGGCUGCGCGCAGGCAGGGACGCACGGCGCGCGUUGGUCGGUCGCGUUGAGCAACCCAUCCCCGCUGAAGCCUCGGGCCAGGAUGCGGGCUCCUGCGCCUACGGCGCUUCGGUGCAACCCCAGCAGCAGCCGCAGCACCUUGGGGGCUGGGGUGCCCGCCGGCGGGCAAGGGCCGCCGCUGCACGCGCGACCGCGGCCGCGGCAGCCACGGGUGCCGCUGAUGUGCCGUCCGCGGCUGCAUCAGCGCACGCGGCCAGCAGCACCCAGCAGCAGAGCCCCUACCACCACGCCGCCUCCAGCCAGCUCCACCACUUCCACGUACCGCGCCACUUCCUGCACCCGCAUCCGCAAGCUCAGGAGACAGCCGCCGCCUCCAGCGGUCGCAGCGCUGGUACGGAAGUCAUAGAACGAAACCAAUACGGUCGGCAGGCAGCCCAGGUUGGCCCUGCCGCAGCGGGCGUCAACCCCAGCAGCAGCACCAAUGCCGCCUUUCCUGAGCCGCAAGAGCAACAGCAACGUCGGCGGCUGCUGGAGGAGGCGAGGCACUACGUGCAGGUGACGGAGCUGCCGCCCGCAGCGCACUCCGCCGCUGCCAGCGUCAUUAGCACGGACACGAGCGCCCGCAUCAGCGACAGCGACGGCAGCUCACAGGACCUGUGCAUGGCCGCGCCGGUGAAGGUGCUGGUGGCGGAUGUAAUGGCGCGACCCCGGCGGCGGGGGCCGCUGCGACAACUUGGCCGGGCGGUGCGGUUCGUGGGCUCGCACCUCGGUCCCAAGGGCCCCGGAGAGAACGACAAGACGCCGAUGGAGCGGCUGCUGAACGUGGCCACCUGCGGCAUGUUUUUCCAGGCUGGCGGCCGCAUCGUGCGCAUGUGCCGCGCCGCCUCCGCCCGCCGCUUCGGCUGGGUCUUCUGCGCCGUGGGCGUCGUGGCCACCGUGUACCACGCCUCCUGGGGCAAGCACUUCCGGCCGGCGGCCCGCAAGGUGGACUACUGGAGCAUCGCCGUGAGCUCCAUGCUGCUGCGUGGCGUCCUGGUUGGGCGGCUGCCGGCAGUGGCGGCGGCAGCCAUGGCGGCGGUCAUCCCCUUCAAGCCCACGCUCGUGUCCACCACCAACUUCAUGGCCGUAGAGAUCCGCUACAUGCUUCUGGCGCUGUCCUGCCCCGCGCUGCUGCCUGCCUGGGCGGCGCACGCGGGCAUGUCGCUCACCGCCACCGCGUGCUUCAGCCUGGAGGACACGCCGCUGCUGUCCUGGUUCCCAUACACACACGCCACCUUUCACGCCCUCUCAGCCGCCGCCUUCCUCACGCUGCCCGGCGCCAUGAACACGAUGCUCGAGUCGUCACCGGCGGCGGCGGCCGCGGCGUUGUAGGCAAUGGUGCUGCAGGUGAAGCGGCGGUGACGGGGAGGGUGGGACGUGCAGCUUGGAUUUAGGAAACGGAGAAAAGGGUGGGGUGUGGUGCGGUGUUGCAGGGCAGCGCGCCGGGGGCGGAGAUGGCGCCAGGGCCCGAAAUGGAGUUUUGGAGUACCGUACCUGGUGGGACUUGACGCUGCUGAAAGGGGCUUUUACUAUGAUAGCAUUGGCAAGAAAGGUAAUUGCAUGUGUACAAUUUAUGUUGGCAGCGUUGUUGGCAGUGCCAGUAAACACUUUGGUUAAAGCGCGUUUUUGACUGACUGCCCUGGAACGGGGUAGGUGGAAUAUUAUGGAACGGGAUAGGUGGAAUAUUAUGGAACGGGGUAGGUGGAACGGCUGGCCCCCCACCCCGUGCCGUAUUAUUGCGGACCUUCGGCCUCGGAACGUGGACAUAUGGUAGUGGUGGUCCAGCCCGUUUGCCCGUAAUGGCCUGUAGUGAAUUCACAUUGAUACGUGGAUAUUGGUGGCAUUGACACAUAAUUUUUAAGGGGACUGCGUGUUUAGUUUAAGUACACGCAGCAGCAUCGUGUGUGGGGCCGGUGACCCGCUGGCAGGAGAAUUUAUUUGAAGCAUAGUCAGAGGCGGUGUGCUUGUGUAACGGUUAUGUCAGGCUGGCGCGGGGCGCGCGAGCACCGGUGCAAACUCACUGCAACAACAAUCGAUUGAGGCUUGGACCCAACGCAACACCCUGUGCUGUCCGUAAAUUCCUAGCACCGGCCCGGACAUGCUGCAUGACGGGCUCAUGGACCAUUCAUGGCCCAUUCUUGCUGCACACGUUUGGGGGCUUUGCAACCGGUCCAGGCAGCCAGUGGACCAGCAGGGGUGACCAGACCGUUCGCAUCAUCUGGUAACCACACAUGGAAGUUACAGGCCAUGCCAACGGCGCUUGCGUAUCAACCAAGACACAGAAACAGCUAAACCAGCCUUCUUCAGAUGUAUAUACCCAAUGACCUUGUACCAGUGUGUGCUGCUAUUUGUCUUUGCAAACGGUGCGUUGGGGCAUCCAUGGCCAGGGGCGCUGGGGUGAGGUGGGGUUGGGGAAAUGUGGGUGGUGCCGGGGGAGAGGGGCGUGGCUGGGGCUGACCAUGGAUGACCAUGGAUCCAGGUUGGAAUCGUUCAUUUGUGCGUGCCGUUCCCGGGUUGACGAGGGUGCCCGCCCGGGGCUGAGCUGCGGGCAUGCGGGGGGAACUCCGCGCGCGACGACGCAAUUUCACAGGGUGUUGGCCCAGCCACUAAUAGUAUAUGAAUACGUAAGUAUUUAGAAGCUGCGCGGGCGAGCACGAGCAAGUCUGCGUUCAUUGGAUCCCGUCUCUCCGGACUCCAUUUUCCCGACGAGGUGCUUGCUUGGGUGCUUGGCCCCGAGCCCGACCCCGGUCAGCGGUCCGGGAGGUGCUGCGCACGCCAGCAUCCGCAGUACCGUUGAUCAAACGUAUGUUACGACUCUGGCACUCAGAUCAUACUAAGGCCAUUACUGUACGAGCCUCCUGUCACCUCAGCUCUACGCCACUAAGGGCCACUACCUGUACACGCCUCCUCUCGUGCUCAGCAAUAUAACAUUGAGUCCCAUGUAAGUUGACUCCCUUAGGGCACGCCCCAUGGCUCGCAUGGCGGUCCGCAGAGGCAAAGCAGGGUGUGUGAGCGUCGACCGCGGCGACGGGGAAUAACACGCUCUCAGGGUUGGCGUAGCACGCGAUCGUUGUAAGGCGACUCUGCU